GGAGGCAGGGUACAGAUGGAGGCGGUGAUAAAGGAGCAAGGUCACGGAGAUAAGCGCGGAUAUAAGAGGCGAUUGCUCGACGACGGCGCACAUCAGUCGCCUGUUGCCUCGACCGCGGUCAGCAUCUCUCUCUCUCUCGCCAUGAUCUAUCUACUGCUCGCCGCACUCGUGGGUGCUGCCGCGGCGGCUCCGCUGGGAGGAGACCACAUUGUGGGUGGCGAGGAGUGCGUCCCGCACUCCCAGGCGUGGCAGGUCUCCCUCAACAUCGGCUACCACUUCUGUGGCGGUUCCCUCAUCAGCGACGAGUGGGUGGUGUCCGCCGCUCACUGCUACCAGACCGCAUCCCGUAUCUCCGUGCGCAUCGGCGAGCACAACAUCUUCGCUAGCGAGGGCACCGAACAGUGGAUCCAGGCCUCCAAGGCGAUCCGCCACCCGGGCUACGCCUCCAGCACCAUCGACAACGACAUCAUGCUGGUGAAGCUGGCCAAGCCGGCCACGCUCAACGCCUACGCGCAGCCCGUGGCGCUGCCCACCGCCUGCGCAGCCGUGGGCGUCAUGUGCACCAUCUCGGGCUGGGGCGAGACCGAGACCGCCAUAGGCAGCCCGGACGUGCUGAUGUGCGUGCAGGCGCCGGUGCUGAGCGUGGCGGACUGCGAGUCCGGCUACCCGGGAGACAUCACUGACAACAUGGUGUGCCUGGGGUACAUGGAGGGCGGCAAGGACUCGUGCCAGGGAGACUCUGGAGGCCCCGUGGUGUGCAACGGGCAGCUGCAGGGCAUCGUUUCGUGGGGACGCGGCUGUGCGGAACCCAACUACCCGGGCGUCUACACCAAGGUGUGCAACUACAACGCCUGGAUCGCCGAGACCAUGAGCGCCAACUAGGAACGCGAUCACCACAUGAGUACCAAACACACGGAUACCAUGAGUACCAUCUACACCGACAGCAUGGGUACUAACUACACGGACUUUUUAUUUGAGGCUGAGGUGACCGAGAGGUGCUCAUGGUGGCCGUGAGCGGGAAUCGAACUCGGCUCGACGGGUUCUUAGCGCAGCGCGCAAGCCCCCACCACACACACGUACACACACACAUGCGUGUAUACACACACGCGUACACACACGUACAUACACACGCUCACACGCACGGAAGCACACGUUGUGUCUCUGAGUUCACGUGGCCGCUGUUCACUUGACGAUAAUAAAAACCUGACAACCGC